AUGGCAGUCGCCGUCCAAAGUCUACCCCUCCUUCCAAUUCCUGCUGCAGACCGCGCGGCGCUCUCAGGUCUCUCGGACGACGCCGUGCGCAAAUGGGUCGUUGCGCGUGCCGAGGAGUACCGCAACUUCGCUCUGGCACUCCUCUCCGUUUACAACGCUGUUGCACCCAUCCACCGCGCCUUCCCUACCGAAAUCCUCUCCGAGGUGUUUUCCCACUGCUGGCAAGACACUCACUUCAUGGCCGUCGCCCAUGUGUGCCGCCACUGGCGUGCAAUCGCACUCAAGACACCUCGUCUGUGGUCCGCCGCCAUCACAGCCCCCGACAAGCUGACCUCCGCGCGAUCCUUCAAUCCACACGCUCCGUUUCAAUCCCGCAUCGAUUUUGCAUCGUUAGCUUUUACGCGAUCUUCACCAGAACCUCUACGCAUCAAGCUCCUUCAUUUUUCUAGGGAUUUCGCGAACGCGCUCACGCCUCAUGUUGCUCGGCUCGUCGACCUCUACGUCCGCCUUAGCGAUGCGUAUCGGCUCGACUGCCUGUGUCGCUUCCUUGCCGCGGGUGCACCCACUCUCGAGACCCUCGGUAUC